UAUAUGUAGAUAAGGAACAUCAAGCUAGAUGCAGAUGGUGGUCACCAACUGAAGUAAAAAUUACCUGGUUGAUCUUAGUUACUGUUUAGUCGUUAACCGAUUCAUGUCAGCUCGUUCGAUGUGGUUCCGGAAUGGUUAACCUGCAGUCUUCAGCAUAAUCUUGCAUAGAAGUUCGAAGUCGAUUAGAAGUGCUUGAGUAAUGAACUAAUAAUGCAUACAAGCUCGGGUCGAACCGAGACAUUCGACACCGGCAUAUGUACAUGCGAGAAGCUCAUUUUCGAUGCUCGAGAUUCGUGCUUGUAUCGAAUAGACGGCAUUCGAUGUACUUGAUCUAUAGGAAGUUUUUGUCCGGAGCACCUGAACAGAUGCGCAUAGGUACGAGCGACUGGGAAUACCUUUGGGAAUUUCUUCCGAGUCACCACUUUCGGCGAGUCUCACGGGGGCAGCAUUGGUUGCAUAGUCGAUGGGUGUCCCCCUAGAAUACCGCUUUCCGAAGCCGACAUCCAAGCCGAUCUGGACAGAAGGAGACCGGGUCAGAGCCGGAUGACUAGCACUAGGAAGGAGACUGAUACAUGUAAAAUAUAUUCAGGAGUCUAUGAAGGGGUGACUACUGGGACACCGAUCCUGAUAUCUGUUCCUAAUACUGAUCACAGAGGCUCUGACUACAACCAGGUGUCAUUAGCUUAUAGACCUUCUCAUGCCGAUGCAACUUACGACAUGAAGUAUGGUGUCCGAGCAAUAGGGGGUGGUGGUAGAUCUUCAGCAAGAGAAACCAUCGGUCGAGUUGCAUCUGGAGAUAUCGCUAAGAAACUUCUGAAAGAAUUCUCCAGGACUGAGGUUCUUGCUUAUGUCUCUCAAGCCCAUGAAGUAGUACUUCCAGAACAUUUGGUAGAUCAAGAAUCUGUUACGCAUGAGCAGAUAGAGAGCAACAUUGUCAGGUGUCCAGAUGCUGGCUAUGCAGACAAGAUGAUUGCUGCGAUCGACGCUGCCAGGGUCACCGGGGACUCUGUCGGCAGUGUUGUCUCAUGCAUAGUGAGGAAUGCUCCACGCGGGCUUGGUUCACCAGUUUUUGACAAACUGGAAGCCUCGUUGGCAGGAGCUCUCUUAUCUGUACCUGCAGCCAUUGGAUUCGAGUUUGGUAGUGGUUUCACUGGUACACGUUUGACAGGGAGCCAACACAAUGACGAGUUCUACUUGGACGGACAUGGAAGAAUCAGGACGAGAACAAACCGAUCGGGUGGCAUUCAGGGUGGAAUUUCCAAUGGGGAGAUCAUAAACAUGAGAGUAGCUUUCAAGCCGACACCGACUAUCGGGAGGAAGCAAAACACAGUGACUAGAGAUAAGAAGGAAACUGAGCUAAUCACCCACAUUCGGUUCGAUCCGUGUGUCGCUCCUCGAGCGGUUCCGAUCGUAGAGGCCAUGGUGGCUCUGGUGCUGGCGGAUCAACUGAUGUCGCACUAUGCACAAUGUCAUCUCUUUCCUAUCAAUCCAAACCUACAGGAACCGAUUGUGCUGCCGCAAACUCGGAACGACCAGAAAGUGACACAACACCUCUAACACCUCUGUGGCUAGAGGUAAUAAUUAGGGGAUGUUCAAUAAAGAGCCUGGCAAUACAAAAACGGAAGCCAGCUCGAAAAUUUUCGGUUCGGGCUUCAGACCGGUUUGACUUUCGCAAAUAUGCUGGCUUUGUUUCCGAGCUUCAUGCUGAAAAGGCCCCCAAGUACUCUCCGUCUUUGGUCAUGUCUCCAUAACCAUGUCUUUACCUUUCAGGGAUGAGAUCUGUACUUUAGGGAAUAACAAAGUAGUGAACAGAUGUUCCUCUACCGCGGGCAACAAGACCUUUCCUCUCCUGGCGAUGAUUUUG